AUGUCGCAGGAGGAUAUAGAUACUUUUACGGCCAUUACCAGCGCAGACAAUAGUGAGCUAGCCAGUCAGUUCUUGGAAAUGGCCGGUGGCAAUAUGGAAGUCGCUAUUUCGUUAUUCUAUGAACACGGCGGUAAUGCACAGCUGACGCGCAGCUCGGGUAUUAAUGAUGCCGAGGUCGCAGGUAAUAUGCAGCGCGAUCUUUAUCAACAAGGCCAAGAUAACUACAGGCCACCUGACGAGGCUAGGCACGAGACUUUGGUUGAUACCCAUGUGUUUCCGUCCACUUACAGAGGAAUUGGUGGACAGUAUGGCCCGCUACGAAGCGUCCGGGGCAUGUUCGAUGGAUCUCGUCCCCAAGGCAUUUUUAAUCAGCAUUUGGAUGACGAUGAUGACGAUGAUUCGGAGUUUUCUGAGGAAGAAGAUCUUCGGCAAAGCUACGAAUAUGUCGAGGAGAGUGUAGUUGAACUCGAUGAGGAUGGAAAUGUCCAUGAAUACACGAAGUUGGUAAAAAAGCCCCGCGAAAUGACUAAGGAACAGAAGCUGGCGAUGCUCUUCAGGCCACCUUUCGACAUGAUGGCCAAAGUUGAUUUGGAGGGCGCCAGGCUUAGAGGCCGCGAGAGACAAAAAUGGAUCAUGAUCAAUAUACAGACAGUCGAUAUAUUUCAAUGCCAAGCGCUCAACCGUGACCUUUGGGCUAACAAAGACGUCAAGAGACUAGUAAAAGACAACUUUGUGUUCUUGCAAUACCAGUUCGACUCACAAAACGCUGCACCAUACAUUCAAUUUUAUGGACCCCAUGAUAAAGAUGAACUGCCGCAUAUUGCAAUUUUAGAUCCUAUCACGGGCGAGAGGGUCAAACAGUGGAAUCGCGAUGUUCCCAGUCCAAACAACUUUAUACAAGAGAUUGAAGACUUCUUACAAAUCUUUUCACUCAACCCUGCUAGCACCAACCCAACCGUGAAGGAGCCCACUCCAGAACUUGACCCCACGACUCUAACAGAAGAGCAACAGCUGGAAUACGCGAUCCGUGAAUCGAUCGGGCGAGACUCCGCCACCGAAACCGGAGCAGCAACCACAACUUUAGAAACUGAUCAAGAGCCAGCCGUCGAUUUGCCUGAAGCGGAUUCCCAUCAAAUGUUAUUUGACUCAAUUUCACCGGCUCAUCAUGACGAGCCCCCUAACCAACCAGGUGUUACCACUCGUAUCCAGAUUCGUAUUGGCGACGGCCGUAGGCUUGUCAGGAGAUUCAAUGCAAAGGAAGACACGGUCCGCACAAUAUAUGAAGUUGUAAAAUCUGAAAUAGAGGGUUUUGAGACGGUACAUUUUACUCUCAGCGACCAUAAGCGCGAAGACUUGCUGGAAAAGUUGGAUCUAACCAUAAAUGGCGCUGGUCUCGAAAAUAGCUCUCUUUUGUUGGAGGUUACUCAGGCCUAG